AUGGCUGAGCCUGCGAACGCGAGGACCUUACUUGUGAGCGAUCUCCAUGUAUCGAAGAACCUCGCCGCCACGCCCCAUCCGCCCUCCUCAUCUGCUGCCCCCGAGUCCCGACCACCCUCAUUGUUGUCCGCCCACACGCCCCCUCCACGACACCUUUUGUGCCUCCUCGGCGGUGCAGCCCCAGUCGGAGGCAGCAGAGGCGGAGACACACAUCAUGCCUCCACAUCUGGAGCGGGAGUGCGUGGGGUGGGGCGGAUAUUCCUCGCGGGUGAGCAACAGCCAGGUCGAUCGCUCUCUAAAUUUCUCUCUAAAGCUUCUAAUUUUGGGUUCUUUCUUCGAGCUCGAGUUUGUGCAGAUGAGCUACUGAGGCUAACGCUCAGACUCCCAGGGCCCAGGCCAUGUCGAUCUGGAUCGCGUCUUUGUGUUCGUCAGCAGCGGCAGGUUGAGCGACCUCUUCAGCUAUCUAGCGUCUAUCCCGACGCAACCGAGGAUUUGAACUGCGCUCAAUGUCGCUGGGCUGGCUCUCCUGGACCUGACAGUAAGAGGACCAAGAGGCCGAUAGCAAAACAUGCAGAUUCCAAUGUAGCACCGAACUUAGGAACUGAAGAGCCUAACCGUGUUUUGGAAACAUAUGCAGAAGCACAAAUAGGAGUCAGGGAGCAGGCAACUUGUGGUUCUUCGUGUGUCACAUAUUUUCCGAUGUUCACCCCAAUGAUUGCAGUCAUCGCUGUCUUCAUGUCCACUGGAGCUGGUGCAUCCGACUAAUGGCCCUGACAACAAGGUCACCACCUCAGGUUGUCAAAUAGGACUGCACUAUUUGCUUCAAGCUGCUAGGAUACAUCCUUGUCCGCGAGUGGCUCAAUUCAUGGACGAUGCACUCGCUGGUGGAAAGGUGAAGCAAGAGCCAGGAGGGGCACAAGUCGAGAGAGCUUACACGUGAUAUGAUGAAGAUCU